GUUGACUCUUGCUCUCCAUCAGCUGUCAGAAUCCAUCCUCCUGUCACUAGCUUAUAUGGACAAGUCAGCCCACUGCCAUGUGACCGUAGGCUGCUAAAAACAGCUCCAGCACCCGCUCCGAACCAGGGCCUGAAACAAUGUCCUCCACUGGGAGAAAUGUAAAGGACACUUGAUCACACAAUCCUCGGAAUUAUUUCCAGGAAACACUUGCAGGAGCCAUUCGGAGCACCCUUUCCCUGGCGGUGCACGCGGGGACGGCCAGGAGAUGAGCGCAUCUUUGAAUUACAAGUCUUUUUCCAAAGAGCAGCAGACCAUGGAUAACUUGGAGAAGCAACUCAUCUGUCCCAUCUGCUUAGAGAUGUUCACAAAACCCGUGGUCAUUCUCCCUUGUCAGCAUAACCUGUGUAGGAAAUGUGCCAGUGAUAUUUUCCAGGCCUCUAACCCGUACUUGCCCACAAGAGGAGGCACCACUGUGGCGUCGGGGGGCCGAUUCCGCUGCCCAUCCUGUAGACAUGAAGUAGUUUUGGACAGACAUGGGGUAUACGGACUUCAGAGGAACCUGCUGGUGGAAAAUAUCAUUGACAUCUACAAACAGGAGUCCACGAGGCCAGAAAAGAAGUCCGACCAGCCCAUGUGCGAGGAGCACGACGAGGAGCGCAUCAACAUCUACUGUCUGAACUGCGAGGUGCCCACCUGCUCCCUGUGCAAGGUGUUCGGCGCACACAAGGACUGCCAGGUGGCUCCCCUCACUCACGUGUUCCAGAGGCAGAAGUCUGAGCUCAGCAAUGGCAUCGCCGUCCUUGUGGGAAGCAAUGAUCGAGUCCAGGGAGUGAUCAGCCAGCUGGAAGACACCUGUAAAAUUAUUGAGGAAUGUUGCAGACAGCAGAAGCAGGAGCUCUGUGAGAAGUUUGAUUACCUGUAUGGCAUCCUGGAGCAGAGGAAGAAUGAAAUGACCCAAGUUAUUACACGAACCCAAGAGGAGAAACUGGAACACGUCCGUGCUCUCAUCAAAAAGUAUUCUGAUCAUUUGGAGAAUGUGACAAAGUUGGUUGAGUCAGGAAUCCAGUUCAUGGACGAACCAGAAAUGGCGGUGUUUCUGCAGAAUGCCAAAACCCUGUUACAAAAAAUCUCUGAAGCAUCGAAGGCAUUUCAGAUGGAAAAAAUAGAACAUGGCUAUGAGAACAUGAACCACUUCACAGUCAACCUGAAUAGAGAAGAAAAAAUAAUACGCGAAAUUGAUUUUUACAGAGAGGAUGAAGAGGAAGAAGAAGAAGAAGGAGAAGAAGAAGGAGAAGGAGAAGGGGAAGGGGAAGGAGAAGUAGGAGAAGUGGAAGAGGUAGAAAAUGUUCAAACAGAGACUCCAGGAGACGGUGAAAGUCUGGGAAAAGCUUUGGAGCCCGCUCAGCUGUCCUUGGAGCCGCAGGCUGCCCCUGGGGCACUUCCAGUUUCCUCUCCAGAGCCACCUCCAGCCCUGCCACCUGCUGCGGACACCCCAGUGACACAGGGGGAGGUUGUGCCCAGUGGCUCUCAGCAGACCACAGAGUCUGAAACUCCAGUCCCUGCAGCAGCGGAAACUGCGGAUCCCUUGUUUUACCCUAGUUGGUAUAAAGGCCAAACCCGGAAAGCCACCACCAACCCACCUUGCACCCCAGGGAGCGAAGUUCUGGGGCAAAUAGGGCCUCCGCGUUCUGAGGACUCGAAUGUGCAGAACGCAGAAGUGGCAGGAGCUGCAACCAGUGAGAGGGCAGCAGUGAGUGGUAAGGAAACUAGCGCACCUGCAGCUACUUCUAAGACUGGCUAUGAAGCCCCUCCCCUCCAGGGACAGGCUGCAGCUUCAGGGAGUGGGAACGGAUCUGAUUCUGAGCCAGCUCGCCACGUCUUUUCCUUUUCCUGGUUGAACUCCCUAAAUGAAUGAUGUUCAUUCCAACUGCUGCUCCUGUGUCUGCCUGGCUGAGAUGCACACAGGCGGCAGGGAACCUAGGUGAAGUUAAUAUGAUGCAGAUAAUGAAAGGGACCGCUGAACAGGAUUUCAGCCAAAUGAAACAAAACAAAACCCCAACUUUAAUUCCAGAUGAUUUCUCUAACACAUUGAGGAAGAAGAGUACUUUGGGAAAAUAGUUGCAGAAAACACUGGAAAAAAGAAACUUGAGCUUAU